GCGAUAGUGAAAGCGGCGAUGCCAUGUCCGGAAGGCAGUUGCCAGAAACCCAUUAAAAACACGUAUAUCCAGUGCAUUACUCGUUCAAGCAACUCAGUCUAAGCAAAAUGUUGUUUUUGGCUUGACUAUUAUUCAGUCAUUUGCUUCGAACAAAACAAUGGAAAUAGCCACGAGCAGCAAGUCAGGCAACCGCGCUCAUAUAACCCUUGUUAUAUGCUCUGUGACAACUUAACCAAAAAAAAGAGCACACUAGGAUGGACACAGAGGAGCACCUUUUGAAGAAAUCCAAAAAGGGCAAAUCGAAACGACCGAAAGCAGCCCAAUCAGACGACGGGUCCUCAUCCAAUGAACUGGUAAUUGUAGAUGAAAACAGCUCCAGUUUCAAGCCCUCGCCGAAGCAAUUGCCGCCCAUAAGUAAACCGAGCACAAGUGGCACUAGUGCAAAUAAUAAAAAGCGCAAAAAACGCGACAGCGCCUCCAGCGAUGAAGAACGAUGGCUUACAGCCAUAGAAAGUGGAAAAUUGGAGGAUGUCGAUGAUGAACUGAAGAAAAUCAAGCCCAAGGAUCCGGCCCUAAUGACGGCCCGGCAAAGGGCCAUGUAUGAUAGAGGCAGUGAGGCCAAUACUGCAACUCCCACGUUAAUGUCGCUUCCUACAGGAUACAAAGAGAAAGUGAUGACAGCCGAGGCGAUACAAAAAGCAGCAAUCAAGUCCCAGAAAAGGAAACAGCUGGCCGAUGAAAAGCGCGAAAAAGACAAGAAGAAAACGAUGGAACGCCUAUUAAAAAAACAGGAUUCCAAAGCGACCAAGCAGACCAAAUGCAAAACAACUCGCACUAAUGCCCCAGUGAUUAUCUACAAACAAACGUGCGAUUCAACUCUGCUGGUUUUUCCCGAAGGAAUCGAUUAUCCUUUGAAAACGGGAAAGGCCCCGACAGCAGUUGAGCCGAUUUUGUGCCGCAUGGGCUGCGGAAAUGCGAAAAAAUAUUCAUGUUCCAGGACUGGAGUGCCUUUAUGCAGUCUCGACUGCUAUAAAAAGAACAUCUGUUAAUAAGAAACUGUUAUAAUUAAUAAAAGAGUUGGGGUGCCCUGCCAAUGAUGCUGUCUCUGUUUUUACUGUUAGUUUUCCAUUUAUAUUUGGCUGGCAAGCCUGCAAAAUGACGGAUAUUUGCAGUUGCCAUGACACUGACAGCUUGAUCGCAACAUUUGCUGAAAAUCCAGCAUAAAACAGUGAAUAAUUAAGGAAUUUCCCAUUUAAUUGAAAAGCUGGGUGAAAAGUAUGGAGAAAACCCCACAGGAGACUCUGGAACAAGACCUGCAGGAGGAAGGACAGUUUGUGGUGGACGAUGUGAGUAAAAUUAUUAAGGACGCCAUCGAGACAGUGAUAGGAGGCAACAGCUACCAGCAGAAUAAGGUAAACAAUUGGACAACCGCUGUAGUGGAGGCCUGCACAUCAGAACUGACCAAAUUGAUGAAACCCUAUAAGUACAUUGUCACCUGCACGAUCAUGCAGAAGAAUGGGGCCGGUUUGCACACGGCCAGCUCCUGCUACUGGGACAACAACACUGAUGGAAGCUGCACGGUCCGCUGGGAGAACAAGACCAUGUUUUGUAUUGUGUCUGUGUAUGGUCUAGCUAUUUGAAUAGGAAUUUUAUCGAAUUGGAUGCACUGCGAGGUUAAACAAUAAUAAUUAAUUCAUUUGAUUACUAGAACAGUUGCUGCCAUAGGCUGGUAUCAAAGCAGAUCAGCACUUUAGUACGGAUAUUGUGAAUUAAUCGAAUUGGUGCUAACGUUUCGUUGCAUUCAUUUCAGCGGAAGAUUGUUAAUUCGUAUAUUUAUUUUACUUCGUCGAAAUUGAAUACAUAAUUGUAUAACGUUAAUAGAGUGAAUGAAACAUCA